UCACACAAUAAUCGCAAGCCAUCUGCUCAUAUCGAAGCUCCAAACUUGGGAAGAGUGAUGUAUAACGCCAAUCAAAGUACAUUUAUAUUUUCUUGAUUUUCUUGCCACCCUUGAGGGUCCUUUUGCUUGCUGCUCUCACGUGACUUCUCCCGACUCCCACAAAUGGAGAGCUUGCUCGCGAGCUAAGCCUCACCCUUCGCUUAAACCCACCACUAUGCGCUCAAUGUUUCAUCAUCAGCUGCAUCUUAAGGGUCUCCGCCGAUUUAAAAAUUUCCAGAAAAACAUUGACUGAGGAUUGUUUAGGUUACUCUUGUAAAAAGCAAUAGACAAAUGACGCAGUAAAAGCAAAUUGCUAAAAAGAAAAGGCGCAUCAUACUAAGGAAAAAACCUGACUGGCUGUGUUCAAUUUGUCCAUUUCCUUAGUCAUGUUAUUUCGAAAUAACCUAGACUAAGAAAGUAAGAUCACUCUUGUUUAUCCUUUAGUGAUUAAAGACUGGUCUGUCAGUGCUCCGAACAGCUAUCUAGCAGGCGGUAUGAGGUACGAAGAUGGGAAACUAACCGUGCCUAUCACUGGACUGUACUAUAUCUACCUCAAUACCUACCAUAACAGCCAUGGAAGAGUCUUUGUUAAGGUGAAUAACAUUAUCAAGGCCAUGGUUAAUGCCCCUGCUCCGGUACAACCCAUUGAACAGGUUACCUCGCACGUAGGCGGUCUUUUCAACUUGAAAGAAAAUGACGAAAUCUCGUUUACUUCGGCUUACGACGGCUGCGUGCUUUACAUGGCUGCCGUUCAUACCUUCUUUGGCGCCUAUUUGAUGGAACUUGGAAUUUGA